GUCUCAAUUUUUUAAACUUCAAAAAACUUGAAAUUUGAUCUUCUGCAUCUGUAUAAUCGAAGAUCAUCUCAAGGUGUUCCGUACCUUCAGCAUUUUCCUGAUAACGCAUAAUUAUAUUCUCGUAUUCCGGACUGCAUUUCGUUCGUUGCCAAUCUUCGAUUAUUUCCCAAUUGAGGACAUAGAUAGUCAUCAUCUCUUCUGUUGUCGGUCUUUGUAUUGAUUCGUGAGUUUCAAUUCUUCGAAACAUGUGAUUACUGAAUCAUUAUAUCCAGCUCCACCUUCAACUUGACUUUCAAUUUUUCAUUUGAACUUAUCUUCCGGAUCAUUCUUCAAAUAUCCCAAGCCUCACCCUCGAUUGUUAUAAAAUUGUCGAUAUGGCCAUCGCAGCUUCACUUUGCGGUGAUGCGAAUGAGCAGGAGAGUAGUAUCAUCGAUAUCGAUGAGAUCCAGGCCCAUGGUAAUCCGCAAAGCGCACUUGAUCUUCUGCAGCUUUCAGUUCUAAUUUACGCAGGUAUCUCCGCCGCGGAUAUUGCAAAAUUGAGAUCCAACCUCAUUUGUACUGUUGGAACUCUUAUUAAUACCCCCAUUCGAAGAUUGGUUAAAAUCAAAGGUUUCUCCGACAUAAAGGCCGAGAAAGUCAAGGAAGCUGCAAAGAAAGUAGCCGGUCCCAACACUGCUGGUCAAUUCGUCACUGCCGCUGAGCACGGCCACUUUCGAAAGAAGUGUAUCAGAAUUUCUACUGGUAGCAAGCAGUUGGAUGCUUGUUUGAACGGUGGCUUUCAAACUAUGAGUAUCAGCGAGGUAUAUGGGGAGUUCAGAUGUGGCAAGACUCAAUUAGCACAUACACUGGCAGUUAUUGCCCAGCUUCCCAAGGAGAUGGGUGGAGCCGAGGGAAAGGUGGCCUAUAUUGAUACUGAGGGCACAUUCCGUCCGGAAAGAAUUUCGGAAAUAGCAGAGCGAUUCGGCGUCGAUCCUGAUCAAGCCCUCGAAAAUAUCGUUUAUGCUCGUGCUCAUAACACUGAGAUGCAGCAGGAAUUGCUUGAGGGCCUUGCCCAAAACUUCGCAACUGAUGAAUAUCGCCUCCUCAUCAUUGAUAGCAUUAUGGCUCUCUAUCGUAGUGACUUCAUCGGACGUGGCGAACUUUCCGAACGACAAGGUGCCCUCAACGCCUUUCUGCGCAAGGCAACACAGAUGGCGGAAGAAUUUAAUCUGGUUGUCUUCAUGACCAAUCAAGUUAUGUCGGAUCCAGGUGCCAGUGCCCUUUUUGCAGGAGCUGAUGGGCGUAAGCCUGCUGGAGGACAUAUACUUGCACAUGCAUCGACAACCAGAGUCCUCUUGAGAAAAGGUCGUGGAGAGGAACGUGUUGCCAAAGUUGUAGAUUCUCCUGAUUGCCCGGAACGUGAAGCAACUUAUAUCAUUACAACCGGCGGCAUCAACGAUCCUGAAAAGGCCUAAUGAUGUACAUCUGCCUCUUAACUUCAAAGUCGGACAUACCUAAAAAGGCACUCAUACACGUACUUACAACCCUGUAUUAUCCGAUCAAGUAUUGCUUAGGGUGGGCAUUAAUGAUAUGGAAAGAUUCAAUGGAUAAAAUCUGGCAUCUUUGAAUGCAUUUUUCAGUUGCAUACUUGCUGGUGUUUUCUUUAGUUAAUGGCCAGUGAUCGGGUAUUUGUGGUUAUCCUUAGCUUCGGUCUCAGCUUAGCGUCCUUUGAUAAGACGCAAACCCCUGCCA